CAUCAGACUCUCAGUGUCUCUGGUCGUCCCCAGACUGGACGCGGCGGAGGGUCAUGAAGGAGAACAGGUCCUCGUGUCAGGUGGAGCAGCUGUCCUGUGUGUGUCUGCUGGACUGCCAUCGACAGACCCCCACCCACAGGGCCGCAGGGACCCCGGUCCGACACAGAGCCAGCGGGGCCGUGGGGGCCGUGUGCAACAGUCCCGAGUGUGUGGUGACCGCCGGGCUGGAGCAGGGACGGCAUGGGGCCGGCAGGGUGCUGGUCACCGGAGGGGCAGGAUACUUCGGAUUCAGACUGGGCCGCGCUCUGGCAGGACAAGGGGCCACAGUCUUUCUGCUGGACCUCCACAAGCCGUCUUGGGAUAUCCCUGAUGGAGCCGUCUUCCAGCAGAUUGAUAUCCGGGAUUAUGAUGCCCUGUAUAAGAUCUGUGCAGGAGUGGAUGUUAUUUAUCACACUGCUUCUUAUGGGAUGUCCGGACCUGAACAGCUGAGGAGAAAGCAGAUUGAAUCAGUCAAUGUUGGCGGCACCAAUAAUGUCAUAAACGUCUGUACGGAGCGAGGCAUCUCUAAACUCAUCUACACCAGCACAGUCAAUGUGGCGUUCGCUGGCCGGCCCAUCGAGGAUGGAGAUGAAGACUCGGUUCCCUGCGUGCCGCUGGACAUGCACAUAGACCAUUACUCCAGAACUAAAGCGAUCGCUGAACGCAUGGUGGUCGCUGCAGAUGGGAGAUCAACAAAAGGUGGUGGUCUUCUACACACAUGUGUCCUGCGACCUUCUGGUAUUUACGGUCCUGGAGAGAGAAGACAUUUACACAGGGUGAUGGUGAAUGUGGAGAGGAGGUUGUUCAGCUUUUGUUUUGGGGACCCUAAUGCCAAGAUGAACUGGGUACAUGUGGAUAAUUUGGUGAUGGCCCAUGUUUUAGCAGCAGAUGCACUGACUGCAGACAAAGCCUUUGUGGCGAGUGGACAGGUCUACUUUAUCAAUGAUGGAGAGUCUGUCAAUGUCUUUGAAUGGUUGACACCUCUGUUUGAAAGACUGGGUUAUGGUCGGCCAUUGAUUCACCUACCUGUGUCUCUGGUCUACUCAGCAGCAAUUUUGAUGGAGCGGCUGCAUGUGGCUCUGAGUCCUAUAAUGGAAAUUCCAUUACUUCUGACAAGAAACGAGGUGAGGAACAUUGCUGUCAGUCACACCUUUAAAAUCGAGAAGGCACAGCGAGAGCUGGGCUUCAGUCCUCAGAGGUUCAGCCUGACGGACUCGGUGGAUCAGUACCUGCGGAGCCGAGUGUCAGCUUCACUGAUGAACACACAGCAUCACGUCCUGCUGCUCCUGCUGCUCCUGAUGGGGUUCAGCGCCCUCCUCCUGACCCGCUCUGCUGGAGGGGGGUAACACACCUCACUGUUUCAGUCUGGAGCCCUGUAGGGUUUGAACUAGGUCUGGUCGAUAUAGUGAACUCAAAAUGAUCAGGACAGGUCAUAAACCCAUUUUAAUGCUUAAACUAAUUUGAAUGCUUCUUUUGUCUGUGCCUAAGAGCAUUGAAAGGGUUUGUUCACCCAAUUAAUUACUCUCUUAUGUUAUUUCAAACCCUGAAAUCUUUGGUUCAUCUUCCAAACACACAUUAUGAUAUUUUAAAUGAAUGCUGAACAUUUUCUGUCCCUCCAUCUGAAA